UUGAUGCGGGUCGUCUGGUGCAGUGGUUGUUGAAAAUCAUGAUGUGGUAUUUCGCGCGUUUCGAGUCGUGAGAAAACAAAUAGACGUGUAAUCGCGUUUGAAAGCAGAAUUUUUCAGUAACUUUUAAUAUCUGCCUAGUAACUAAAUAUGAAUGAGGAGUUAACUUUUAUGAAUUGAAGCAGGAGUGACUUAGGCUUAACUUCGCAUUUAUUUGUGAGAAAUGUUAUUUUUUUUAAUCUUCCCAAUUUGGUAAUUGGCACGUUAUUCUUAACCUAUGGUUGACAAUGUAACCAAAUUGUGUAUGUAACACGAGUAAGUAUCUGAUAUUAUUAUUAUUAAUGGUAUUGACACUGAAUAAUUACAAUCAGUAUGAAGACAGUUUUGCAAACUAUAAUUUAUAACUAUACGUGCUGAAGGUUUCAGUUCAUUCUUGGUAUCAUUAUAAGCAUCACUGCUAUGUCAACAGUGUAGUUAUUAACUUGUCUAUAAUAAAUGGUAUUGCCUAUGCUAUUGAAAAAUUAAGGCGAAGAUAUUGAAGUAUUCCAAACUUCCAGCCUGUCGCGGCGAUGGGGCUACGGUUAGCCCGGGCCGAACCCUGGAAAACCUCCAUCCUCGUGACUUUCGUUCUCCUCAUAUUUAUGUGUGCUAGGACUUUCGCCUUUUCGGGAGACGAUUGUGAUUGGAUCGGAAGUGGACUUCGAGAAGAUGCUUCGCGUGAGGUACAACCUAUAUACCUUCGAUGUGCUCACGGUUAUGUUGAGUGGAACUAUCCGCGGGGGGCGCUCCGUGUAGUGUUACGUCAUGGGACUUCCGGAAGAGAAUUCCGCGGCUGUUUACGAACAGAUAAACAUUUUAGUGGUGCUCAAAUAUACGUGGAAGGGCAUCGAAAACUUCAUUUAACCUAUAGUAAAACUGACGGUAAACACCCGGACUUGUUACGGUGUUUUACUUCUUUCCACGGCCAGGUGGCGCUUUAUGUGGAAGCAGAGCCAGUCAACAAUACUCUUCAAAAAGAGGUAGCAAGCUUUAGAUACGACCUACAGCCUGCUUCGACCGAAGCUUUAUUAAAUGAUUUAGACGAAUGCCGUCCUUGUACAGAAGAAGAAAUGCUUAGAUAUUAUUGCACAAGUAGUUUCGUUAUUCAAGGCACAAUUAGUGGUCUUCAGAACCAAGACGCCCUCCUGCUGUCAGAGUUGACAAUCCAAGUUGCCAAAGUGUACCGUGACUGUGAAUCGCCUGUUGUUUCAACAACAAAUGACGUAAACACAGAAACUACAGAAAAACGAGAAGCCGUACUAUACAGGCCGAUGAAAUGUGGCACUAAACAUGGAAUUGGAGACUUCAUUUUCAUGGGCAGAAGGAUGCUGGGAAAUCCCAUCCUGCACUGCGCUCCGAAACUACCAGAAUGGCAGAAAGUAAGGAGAAAAGCUUUAUUAGAGGGAACGAACCAGUGUCAGUUAGACUGAUGGUGUAUGUUUAGUGAUUCGUGCCAAGUCCCGUACAGAGUAUAAAGAUGCCAACACACACACACAGCACGUGAUAAAACUGUCCCCGUAUUUCAUGUAAUCAUUUCAACUGUCCAGAAAGAAUCAUCGUAGCUUUUCAGAUAAAUUUACAUAAUUGUAAGAACGCGAAAAACAUUUGCGAUGUGAAGUUAUAACGAGAAGAAGGACUGAAUUUGAUUAUAUGACAAUGUUUUAAAGCUGUGGAAAUGAAAACAACUCGGUGUUUAGGAAUAUCCGUACUUUUAUCAGCUUACGAUAGCUGGACAGUUACCAGUUUCUGUGUUAAAAAAACUAAACAAGAUUUUUGCUCUAAAGGUGUGCUUAUUAAAAUGGGCAUUUGUGUUUUUGAACUAUUGUAUUCAAGUCAACAAAAAGUUGAAUAAAUGCAUUAUUUUUAGACAG